AUGAACGACGGGUCCAUGACCCCUAGCUGGCUCGCGUUUCGGCAACAGGCCGACCUCCGCCUGGCCCCUUCCUGCCCGCGGGUGGAAUGGGAGAAGAGGUGCCCGCCCGGGGCCACCAUGCUCCUGGCGGAGAAGAGGAGGGGCGGGUGCCGCGCGGCCGGCUGCGUUGCGGUGGGCGGCGAGCCGAACGACAACAAAGAAGAACAAGACGAAUCAGAGAUCCUGCGGGCGGUCACGGCCCAACAGACCGCCCUCCUUCAGGCCGCGAAGCCCGCCACGCCGAAGACGUUCUACCAGCACGUCGUGGGCCAGCAGCGGGCGUACGGAAAGGACGAGAAGCGCUUCAUGAAGAAGCUGGCAAAGGCGACCAAGAGCUCCCCCUCUGGUAGCGUCGACACUAUCCGUGGGCUGGUGGAGGAGGCCGCCACGAAGGGCUUCCGCUCCGUCGCCAUUGAGGAGGCGGCGAUGGUAGUAGCAAAGCAGGAGCAGCAAGAGAGGGUCCUCGCAUUCUUUAGGAGUCUUCCCGGCGCCGUUGUCGACUACGUCUCGACCACUUCGCUGGAUGCUGCGAGGCGCUCGAACGCCUUGAAGGCGGAAAUUGUCAAGCUGAGGAACACCGUCAAGGACCUCACGAGGACUGUGCACGAGAAGGAGCUCAUCUCCACGGCUCAAGCGAGCGCGCUCACGGCGGAGCAGGCCAAGUCCAAGGCGGACCGCAACGAGGCGGCCGCCGAGGCAAAGUACUUCCGUGACGAGGUGGAGGCGCUCCGAGCCACCGUCGAUUACGUGCUGGAAACGGCCGCCUCCGACCACGAGACGUCCGCGAGGACGGAGGGCGACCUCAUCGCAAAGCUCGACACCGCCGAGGGCAUCGUCGCCGCCCUCACCGACACCGUCGCCGAGCAGCAACUGGCGGCCCAGAAGGAGUCUGAGCGAUCGGACCUCUCCCUCCGCCUGGUCGAGCAAGAAGCGGCCAUGGCUCGAGCAUCCACGCUCGCUAUAGAAGAGGAGCUGUCUGAAGCUGAGCAGCGCGAGAUUGAGCUCCAGUGCCUUCUGGACGUGGGCACGGACACGAGGAAGGAGCUGGAGGAUGAACUGGCCUUGUGCCGGACGAACGUGAACGAGGCUCGCGCAAUCGCUGAGUCCUACGGUGCCGACAUCGAGGACCUGGACUCCCGUGCUCUCGCGGUCGCCCUCGCUCUGGCCGACGACGUCGCCGAGAAGGCGUCCACCGUGGAAAGCCUGGCGCACGUCGCGGAGGGAGCGGUGCUCGGCGCCACGCCCCCGUUCGACAACGACGACCGCUGGGGCUCGCACGCAGGCUAUCCAAUGAUCCGAUCCCACUUGGAGGCCGUGCAGCGACUGGUGUUGACGACUACGUCUACCCUUGUGGAGGAGGUAUCAUGCUGCGAGCACGACAAGGCGGAGGCGGUGAAUCGCGAGGCCAGAACGCAACAGAGGAUGAAGGAGGUCGAGGACGAGCUCACAACCUGCCACAUGAGCGACGCCAGCACUACGCACGCCAGCACCCCCGACGACGCCACCACCGAUCCCAGCAUCAGCGACAGCACCAGCACCAGCGACGCCGCAAGCGACCGUACCGUGACGGGCGUGGACACCGUUGAGAACGACACGGACACGGCCGGCGCGGGCGAAGCGGUGGACAGAAAGGAGGUCAACGAUGACGGCGGCGAGGGGGGUUUCGGCAUUGAAGAGGAUGACGCCUACAGCAGUGGCACCAGCCCGCCUACCCUAGACGGGGUUUGACUUGGUCCUGUUGAUUCGUUGUCCUUGUUUUCGUGUGUUUGUGGUCGUGGCAGCUUGCCCUGGUUUUGGUUCAGAGCUCGUGAAAGUGUGGAGUCUUUCCGUUACAUGCGCGUGCCGGAUCUGUUUGAUCUCUUGACAGUUUGGCUGGCAUGUAGAAUCAAUCCUGCAUGUUGUUGGGUGCAAGGUUUAGACCUUCUCUUGUGUAUCCCGUUUUGGAGACGCAGCCGCCGACUUUGUGUGCCUUUGGUGCUGCUGCCCUUGCGCUGAUCUAUUUUUCAUUGCUUCCCCUCGUGGAACAGCAUUUGUUUCUUCGGUUUUCAAGAACGAGCUUUUUUUUUUUCUUCCGUUCCGUUCAAGCUCGGGGAGUUUAUCUCGCGUGUGAAAAAUUCUUACUCGAACCUGCUGGGUGUGCAGUGGUGCCGAACUAUUUCCGAGAUUGCCGCUAAGUCCCGGUGUUGGUCCGUUUACUUGCUUGGCAUGAUCUUGGCGAUAAAAACUCGGUUAAUUGAACUGGCAUUCCGCAGCUCUGUCAAAUUUUGCUGCCGAUUGCGGGAGGAUCCGCACUGCACUACGUGUGCUGUGCGUGAUCGCCUGCUGAUCGCGGCGAAAAUUAUUUUGACAUUUGAGCGCGUGCGUGGUGUCUUUUUUCCGUGGUUGGUGAUCGACUUGGUUACGUAGCGGGGCGCGAGCUCUUGGGAACAGUUUUGAUUUCGAAACGAGAGGAAUGCGCGGGGCUUAUUUCCGGAGGUGCG